AUGGCGACUUCGCUGCGCGCUCUUCUGUCGUACGCCAGCGACUUCGUCUCGCAUAUCCCCUUCCUCAACACCAAGCUGCAGAAUGUCUUGCCUUACGAGCCGCUCAGCGCAGCGCCCUUUUGUCCUCUCGAUGGGCCGAUGAGCUGCCAUAACAACACGCCGGUAGCCGGUGACUCGUGCUGCUUUGUGCAACCAGGCGGCCGGAUGGUGCUGGCACAGUUCUGGGACUGGGAAGUCUAUGCCGCGGGCGCUGAAGAGGACUGGACGCUGCGCGGGUUAUGGCCCGCCCUCUGCGACGGCACCCCAAACGAAUACUGCCAGAUGAUACCGCACUACACCAACAUCAGUUCCAUCCUCCGCUACUACGGCCAAGAUGAAUUGUUUGGGUUCAUGGACCGGUACUGGCUAGCCGCAUCUGGGCCCAACAAUCAUUUCUGGCAACAAGCAUACACCAAACACGCCACCUGCAUCAACACCCUCUCGCCAGCCUGUUACGGCGCCUUCCACAGCAUUGGGCUGGAAGUUGUCGACUACUUCACGCGCGCGGCAGCGCUCUUUCGCACGCUGGACACCUACCGCGCGCUCCAAAGAGCCAAGAUCUUGCCGGACCCGCGGCGGCGCUACCCGCGCGAGGACGUGCAGAGAGCUCUCGAGAUAUUCAGCGGCGGGAGGGUCGUGCUACGAUGUACAGGGUCUGAUGAUAUGGCGGGUACAAGGCGCGAAGAUGUGUUGCAUGAGGUGUGGUAUGUUUACUUUGUGCGGGGCAGCUUGCAGACGGGCCAGUUUGUGCCGGCGCAAGAGCUGGGGGAGAAGGGGGAUGUGGGGAAUUGCGCGAGCGAGGUGACGUAUUUGCCCAAGACAGGGAAGGGGGAGUUGUGA